AUGGCCUUUCUCUUGUUACAAUCUCAUUACACCCUUGCCAUACUCGAACGCUACAACAUGAUAGACUGUAAACCUAUGAGUACACCACUUGAAGCAAAAGCCAAGACCUCCUCACAUAACACUUCGUUGGCAUAUCCAAGUUACUUUCGCGGCCUUGUUGGGGCUUUACAAUUCCUUAUCCUCACUCAUCCUGAUCUUUCCUAUAGUGUUAAUUACGUUUCUCAAUUCAUGUAUGCCCCCACCAUCUUUCACUUGAAAAUGGUUCGGCGCAUCCUACGAUAUGUCAAAGAUUGGGCGGGGUGUCCCACUACCAGACGCUCCACCGCUGGCUACUGUACCUACCUUAGGGGCAACCUCAUUUCCUGGUGUGAGAAGAAACAACAUACAAUCUCGCGCUCCAGUUCCGAGACUGAGUACCGUGCCAUGGUCAACACUGCUGUAGAACUCACGUGGUUGACUUUUAUUUUACACGAUCUUCGCAUUCCUAUGGGUUCUUCCCCGAUCCUGUAUUGCGAUAAUCUCAGUGCCCUUCAUAUGACCGUUAAUCCCGUGUUUCAUGCCUGA